AUGGCCAGUCAUUCGCAAUUUGCUACCUCGAUUAAGCGAUUAGGACGACCAAGGACAAAUGGCUGUGAGGUCUGUCGUUCAGCCAAGGUGAAAUGCGAUCAAUCCCAUCCACACUGCUCACGGUGUGCUCGCCUGCAGCUGCAGUGCUGUUGGCCAUCCAAGAGAGCCGAGCUAGCCCCUACUCGAGGUUCAAGCGAGAAGCAGAGACUGAUUUUACCCAAACCCGUUAGACAACAAACGCCCGACAGUGACAAAACAUCGGACUUCUUACCUUCACAACAUGAAAGUGAUUCUGAUAUAUCCUGGGCCAGUCCUUGCUCGGAUCUUGGAAGUCUUCUCUAUUUUCCGGUUCUCUUCAUGCAUGACAUUACCCUGGACCACUCGUUGGUUCUCAGUGGGGAUGAAUAUCUGGCCCUGAGUCACUACCAAGAGAGAUUUAUCUCAGACCGACUACUCAAGACUCCUCGAUGGUCCAUGCUGGGCUGUGUUUUUCAGUCCAUCUCUCAUAUACCUAUGCCUAUGCAUUUUCUGAUUGCAAUUUCUUCGAUGGACCUGAACCGAAGGUCCCCUCGCCCAGCAAUUAAUGUCGGCGUGACCAGGACACAUUUCCGCAAAGGGUCUGAAAUGCUCAUCAAAGUCAUGAAUCACGACAAAGAGCCACAUCACUUCAGUACUCUAAGCUCUCUGUUCUUUUUAUAUUUGUGCAUGAGUCAUCGUGAUAUUCUGGAUCGAAAGGCGGUUGACCAGCUCAGUUUGGCUGUUCUGAACUACAUCCAACGAUACAAUCUAGACAAAUUAAGUGCUGGUAUCAAAGUUCCCGAAGAUUCCUUCACUUCCGCCUGGCUUGAUACAUGUCGAUCAACUGAGCCUGGUCUCAUUGGCCGAUUGCUUCUAUUCCUAGUAUCGGAAGAUAGCAAGAUGGGGUUUGAAGGGUGCGGCGGGCACUUUGCGAACCACCUAUUUGGCAGUGACAAUCUAUAUUGGCAAAUAUUCUUGCAGCAGCGAUACAUACUGGAGCGCCAUUGGGGACAGGUGUAUCCAGAAAAGGAGGUCAUGCAUGAUCUCCAAACUACGGCAGUCAUAGACAUGGGCAACAAAGUGGGAUUCCUAUUUCACCGACUGAACGAAUUGAGCAAGAAGACUCCGGAGCAAGCCACGCCCCAUGAUCCUGACAUUGAGCGAGGAAUCGUAGAAACGGAAACGGUACUUCAAAUACCCACAUCUUUAUUUUGGAAUGAUUCGCAAAGCUCACAGCUUGAAAUAGCAAUAUAG